AUCAACGGCAGCGUAUGGUUGUAUACUAAUACCGAGCACUGAAUACUGAAACCGAAGUAGUAAUUGAACGCGUACGUCCCCGGUAGGUCGUGUUUCGUUAUUCGUUCCCGUCGCACCGCACAAACAGCAUUAAUAUUAUUAUAGGCAGUAUUAAUACGGGAUAUUCAUAUUAUUAUCUGUUGCUGUUAUUAUACAUUACAUUAUACUGCCCACCGAUCGGUCGUUUUUAGAACAAUUUAGGUAUACCCUUCUGCUCGAUUUUUUCGAUUCGACUAUUUAUUAUUAAUCAAUUUACACAUCGAUAGUACGUCUGAGUAUAAUUUUAUCUCUGAUUAAAAUAUGGCCAACCAGUCAAAUCCUGUGAAAAAAGUUCCUAUUCAUUUACAGAGCUCGCAAAACCGUAUUUUGAUCAAAAAUGGCAAAAUUGUUAAUGCAGACAAAAUGGUAGACAGCGAUGUUUAUAUUGAAGAUGGCAUCAUUAAAAUGGUUGGUUGCAAUCUAAUUAUACCAGGAGGUACAAGAGUUAUUGAUGCAACAUCAAUGUUGGUUAUGCCAGGUGGUAUAGAUCCUCACACGCAUUUGGAAUUAGAAUUUAUGGGAGCAGUAUCUGUGGAUGAUUUUUAUCAAGGAACUAAAGCUGCAAUAGCUGGUGGAACAACAAUGAUUAUUGAUUUUGCGUUACCAAGUAAAGGCGAGUCUUUAUUAGAUGCUUAUCAUAAGUGGAGAACACGUGCAACAAAUAAAGUCUGUUGUGACUAUGCUUUACAUAUAGGUGUUACUUCAUGGUCAGAUGAGGUGAAAAGAGAAAUGGAAGAACUUUGUAAAUUGCAUGGAGUAAACUCUUUUAAGAUGUUUAUGGCAUAUAAAGGAGUUUUUAUGGUCACUGAUUCUGAAUUAUACAACAGUUUUGAAGCAUGUAAAGAGCUUGGUGCAAUUCCAAUGGUACAUGCUGAAAAUGGAGAUAUAGUGUUUGAAAAUUCAAAACGGUUGUUAAAGUCUGGCAUUAAUGGACCUGAUGGACAUGCAUUAUCUCGACCUGAAGAAGUUGAAGCAGAAGCCGUUAAUAGAGCUUGUACACUAUCAAAUCAGGUUGGAUCACCGCUGUAUGUUGUACAUGUUAUGAGUAAGGCUGCUGCUGAAGUCUUAGCGAAACAUCGUGCAAAACAAAUCAAACAAAAUGGAAAUACUAAAAUUUAUGGUGAGACAUUAGCUGCCGCAGUUGGAACACAUUGGGAUGAAAAUAAAUUAACAUGUUGGCAUGAUGCUGCAGCUCAUGUCUUAAGUCCGCCAUUAAGAGCCGACCCUGACACUCCAAAUUUUUUAUUAAACAUGUUAGCCAGUGAUAAAUUACAAACAACAGGAAGUGAUAAUGCAACAUUUAACAAAGAUCAAAAAUCCUUAGGUAAAGGGGAUUUUACUAAAAUACCUAAUGGUGUUAAUGGAGUAGAAGAUCGUAUGUCUGUUAUUUGGGAAAAGGGUGUAGUUUCAGAACUUUUUGACCCUUGUCGUUUUGUUGCAAUUACCAGUGCAAAUGCGGCAAAAAUUUUUAAUAUUUUUCCAAGAAAAGGUUGCAUAGAUGUUGGGUCAGAUGCUGAUAUAGUUGUAUGGAACCCAAAAGGAAAGCGUAUUAUUUCUGCAAAAACUCACCACCAAGCGGUUGAUUAUAAUAUUUUUGAAGGAAUGGAAUGUCAUGGUAUUCCUGAGUAUGUAUUAGUUGGUGGCCGUGUUUGUGUUGAUGAAGGACAAUUAAAAGUUGUUCAAGGUCAUGGAAAAUAUGUUCCCACGCCUACACAUUCAGAAUUUGUGUACAACAAUGAAAAAGUAUCUGAAAUAGAAGUUAUUGAUGAAAGCAAAGAAAUCAAGGCAUUAAAAUUGCAAAUUUCUCCACCAUCGAGUGUCACAAGUGAUGUGUCUACCUGUACAAAAUCUCCCAUGAUUCAUACAGGCAAAGGAAUGCGUAUGGAAGGACAGCGAGAUCUCCAAAGCUCAACGUUUUCAAUCAGUUCCGAGUUUAAUGAUCCUGUUAAGAAGUCGAGUAUCCGUGUAAGAAAUCCCCCUGGUGGUCAGUCUUUAGGUUUUUGGUAAUAAGCUUAUAUUAUUAGAUUAUAUUCUACUCCUAGUCCAACAUUUAGAAAAUUGUUUUGAACAUUAUGUUAUCUUUAAGAUUAAUCACUACCUAGAUUUUGUUUAUACUGCUUAAAUUACAACUCACAAAAAAUACAUUAUUUUGUACAUUAUUUGAAAAGAAGUCAUGUUUAUUUUAUCACAAUUUUUAGUUUAAUUGUACAUUUUUAUUUAUAACAACCUAUUUAUUAACUGCAUAGAAACUUUUUAAACUAUUGAUAUGCAAUUUAUAAUAAUUUAUAACAAUCUAUUUAAGUUAAAAUUGAUUGUUAUUUUAGCUAUGAAUUUUAAAUUAUUAAUAAUGUGUUGUGUUCUGCUUGUUAUCAGUAUAUGCAUUUUAUAUGACUUACAUACAUUUAUUAUAAUUAUACUCAAUUGAUUUAGAACUAAUA